AUGCUGCAUCAACUCAGCAUACUGGGGAGGGAGAUGUACAGAGGCUACUACACACUGGACACGUGUAGAUGUGCUGCUGCCAACGAUGAUCAAUGGCAGCAGCCAGAGUGUGAAGGAGCUGCAGCAGGUCCUAGUAGUCUAGAAGCCAUGGUCACUGAUCUGAAUGGCAAGCCAUGGUACACAAAAACCAUGCGUCCUGCAAUCAUCGGCCGGGCAAGGGCGGGGAAGAGCACUCUUGUCGAACAUGCCUGCAAUGACGAGAGGGUGCGUGCCCACUUCUCCCAGAUUGUGUUCUUCACUCAAGGCGAUCUUGAAGAUGGAAGCUUAGAAGAGACUCUUAGAGAUGGCGGUGCAGUCAGGUUUUCGGAACCGUCCGACAGGAUUGUGAGCAUCGGACGUACUGAACCGCCUCUGAAGCUUGAGUUCUUAACCCAAGAAGCCUACUGGUACCUGUUCAAGGUGUAUGCAUUUGGGGGCACGGACUUGGCGGAUCACCCGAAGCUAGCUUCCAUAGCCAUGGACAUGUCCAGGGAAUGUAGAGGGUGCUUCCUUGCUGCCAACAUCUUCCCUCGAUUACUGAGAUCAAAUCCCUGCCCUCAGUUCGGGAGUUCGGUCCUUGCAGCCCUAAAAGGGUUGAAACGGAACCACUACUUGUACACCGCAGCAGAUCAUCAGGAACCAGCACUAUGCAACCCCAAAGUAACUCCAAGUUUUAUGGUUCUUGAUGACUAUGAAAUACCUGAUUCUGUUGAUAACAGCGCAGCUCCAGGGACAAUUGCAAGGGAGAAGCUACUUGGACUCGCCUCCCUGGAAAGGACAAUUGCGAGGGCAGCGUUCCGCAUCCUCUAG